GUGUUUAUGUCCUGUUUCACAGAGAGGGAGAGGGAGAGGAGCCAGAGAGAGGGAACCACGUUUACCGGUUUUGUGGUUUUCAUCAGCUCGCUUUCGUUUUAAUUACACCUGCUAACUCAGCUCCCCGCGUCCGAUGAUGCUGGUCUGUGAACACUGAUUUUAUGUCCGCUUCUUCAACCAAACCGAUCAUAUGAACAUAGAAGAAUACAUUGAAGAAGAUGAGGAACCACCUUUGCUGCUCAGCUCUUGUCCUUCUCGCGGUGUUUGGCUGUGGUGGGACUGCGGCAGUGCAGUGUCGGUGGGGGGAAGGGUGUAUGUGUCUGCAAUGCCCUGCAGGCCAGGAGCCCUCCAAGGCUUGUGGGCAGAUCCAGGGUCCUGCAGAGGAAGUGCGAUGUCAGCCGUGCCCCACUGGCAGCUUUUCCGAUACGCUGGACCCUGAGCUUUGCCGUCCGCACACCUCCUGUAAGGUCCUCGGCCGAAAGGUUGCAACUUCUGGCACUGCGACCUCGGAUGCCACCUGCGGGGAUUGCCUGACCGGGUUUCACUCCACUGCCACAGGGCAAGUUUCCACCCAAAGUCCCUGCGAGAAAACUUUGCAUGUCAGGGCGGUCCGCACGGUGGGCAAAGGGCCGUCCGGCGGCGCGGGGGGACCGGCCAACAGCACGGUGGUGCGCAGCGCUGAGGAGAAGACGGCGGAGUACGCUGUGUUUGCCCUAGUGCCGAUCUUCUGCGUGAUGGGCCUGUUGGGUAUCCUCAUCUGCAACAUCCUGAAGAAGAAGGGAUACCGCUGCACUGCUGACAAGGAGGGAGGAGAUGAAGAGACGGCCACGCCACAGAAAGAAGGAAACAAUUGUCCGUACAUAUCCGAUGACCUGAACGAAGACACCAUCAGCGUUCUGGUUCGCCUCAUCACCGAGAAGAAAGAAAAUGCUGCUGCGCUGGAGGAGCUGCUGCUGGAGUACGAGAACAAACAGAUGUCCAUGAGCAAAGGCUCGUUGAUCAAGUUCCCGAUGCUAUCUCCCCUGACCCCGUUCCGCUCCCUCCCCAGGCUCUGCCCGCACCAGUCCCACCUCCACACCAUCUCUGGCCUGUCGGGCCUGGCCCCUAAACAUGGCUACCGCUGCUCCCGCUGCGCCCAGAGAAAGUGGCCCCCGGUCCUGAUCCCCCCGCUGGAUUCUCUCAAAGAUCCGCUGAAGCCCCCCCAGAGCCUCAUCGUGCCCUCGCUGGACAAAUCCGCGGACCAGCAGAAGAGACCCCUGCUGGGCGGCGUGUUCGUGGACACACACCGUACGCAGAACGUCGUGCCAAAGCCUGUGCAGGAAAAAGCGGAAGGGGGCGAGGUGAAGGAGAAGAAGGAGGGAGAGCUCACGGUGCUGUCUGUGGGGAGAUUUCAAGUUGCUCAGAUCCCUGAGCAGAAGCCGGUCACCGUGGAAACCAAGACAUCAUCCCAGGACCAGAGACACUACCUGUUUGGAGGCAAAACCUUCUCCGCCUCUUCAUCUGGCAUCAGGAGGUGAAGAGACAGAGAAACACAGAGAGAGAGAGACGCUGUACGAUACCGCUACCUCGCCUAAGAUGACCUCAUCACCCGGGGGACAACUUGACCAGCUCGCACGGAGGGUGCUUUUAGACGACCGACAAAACCACCACGACCUCCCGUCAGCGGACGUUGUUUCUAGUUUCACGUUAAACUCUAUUUACUACUACAUUAAAAAAAUGAUCAGAUGUAGCACAUGCACCAUCAGUUACAUUAAAUCGCUGCUGUUUCACUGUCCCAGUCCAAACAGAAACGGAAAAAGCCCGUCUGGUACGUGCAGGGGGUCGAGUUUUCUUUUAAAGGUUUGUGCUGGACAGUUAUUAAUAGCUGACACUAGAGGAGGACGUUUGGUCGGUACACAAAUGCAUUCUUAACCCAGGCAUUUGUGCUCGCAUGUAAAGGACCUACACCUGGGUACAACACACAUAGACGCACAGAGAGUACAUUGAGAGUACUAACAUCAGCCACAGACUGAGCUACAUUUAAAAAGAAGGACCUACAUGAUGAUUCUGGAUCAUAUCACAAUUGAUUACCACAAAAAGUGUUGAAUUCAAAGCAACUUGGUGUCUCCACAUUUUUUUUUUAUUUUAUUUUACACGUUUUUCUUUAUUUUGCUUGCAUAGAAACUGCAAGUGAGGUUUUAGCCCUUGAAGUUCAUGAAUGCAGUCUUAAUAGAAGAGUCAACAUUCAUUCAGCCGUGUGCACCGACCCACAGCCGGCUGCAUUAACAACUUUUAUAAGUUUUCAUGCUACUUGAUCCAAGUACGUGAUCAGGGGCCAAAAUCUGCUUUACAUGGCCUCCUCAUACUCGAUCACGGCGUUUUUUGUUUUGUUUGUUUUUUUUUUUUAAUAACUCUGCAGCCCUGAAGCUUGUUAAAAGCUGCGGUUGUCAUUUGGAUCCAAAGUAAAUAAGUAGGCAGAUGUCACUUUUGUAGAACAAAUCUUGUAAAUUAUUGUACAUAUGUAAAUAUUGGUGUGUAUAGGGAAAAGAAAAAAAAAGAAAAAAAGACUCACACACACCGUGGUUGGAUUUUUAUCAUUUGAACAAGUAUUUUUCAGUCAAAAACCUUUAGGCCCCGUCACACUAAAUGAGCUGAGGUGCUGAGCUGAGUAUAAUUAACAUCUUAUUUUCCACUAUUUAGGUGCAACAUUUCAGCCUGUUUUUCCUUUACUUUGCAAACAACUGUUACAGUUUUCCAUUCUAAUCUCUCUAACCUUUGCGACCUAUGCAUUGACGCACACGCAGAGUAGCCAGACUCCAGUUACGCAAUCUCUUAACUGUAAGAAACCACAUCCGUAUAAAUACACGCACACAUUUAUUUAUUUAUUUUGUUUUAUAGUUUAAUUAAAUAUACCAUGGAUGGAGCGGCUGCAGAGAAUUAGCGGUUGAGAAGUCAUGCGCCUCGGCUGGCUUCAUGUCCUCACUGGUUUUAAAGGGUGUACUAUAAUCACGGAGGCUUCUUUUAACUGCACAUCUUCACAUUUUCAUAUUGUGUUGCUAUGAGGACGGGGUAUUUAUUGGCUGAAGUUACAGUUACAUGUUCUCAUUUGAUCUGUCUUUAGUACUAUUUUUUAACUAUAGCAUUUAUUAUUACAUGUUUUCAAGCUGAAGUGUUGCUGGUAGGAAGGUAGGUUAAGGAACAUUCAUCUCAUCGGCUACGUAGCUUCCAUUUAUAUGAUAUUACAGUUUUUUCUGUAUGAUGUUUUUACUCUGAAUAAAGGAGAGUUGUAUUUUAAA